GAGGGGGAGAGGAAGAGGAAAAGGAAAAGGAAAAAGAAAAGGAAAAGGAAAAAUAUAUGGAGAAUUAGGAUGAGGAAGAGGGAGAAGAAAAAGAAAAGAAAAGAUGAAGGAGAGGGAACUUUUGGUGCAUGUGUUUACACUCUCACCCAAGGAGUUAGCACUUUGCCUGACUCUCUACUGUAUACUCCCGUAACGAGUGACUUGGUUGCCAUGUGAUCGAUAUUGGAUUGAUUAUCCAUUGGUGGACGCGUCGUUAUUGGCAACUCUUUAAACGCAGUUUGACCGAUUAUCGCUAGCCAUGGAAAUGACGGGCCAAGAGGUGCAGAAGGAGGCGUACGAUGCCAAGUGCCACGAUGCCGGGCGCGAGGAUUUCCUCAGGCACCUGCCAUGCCCCAAGGACGGCCUGUGCCCCGACGAGGACAACCCCGAUAACGUGGUGCCCAACAAUCAGCUUACUUACGCCAUUCAGGACAUCAAUAACCCGAGGUUCUGGUACCUGAGCCUGGUCGCAUGUGUCCGCAACUCCUCUUGCUCCUGGCAGCAUGUACGUAAGCCUGUGAGAAUGGAGUAUGAUAUAAAUAUUGUCAAUGGCAAUCCUAAUGGUGCAGACCACAACCCUUUUGAGUACCACUUCUCUUUUGACAAGCAGGACACAGUAGAAAUAUAUCUGGUAUGUGUGGUACUCUAUGGCUUUUUGUUGGUACCACUACAAGUGUAUGCAGCAUGUCGCCAGAUCCACCCCAUCACCCGCCUGUUCACAGCCACCCUCAUCAUGCAGCUUGCGGGCCUUCUCUUUGAUACUCUGCACCUGCUUGUGUUUUCCUUUGAUGGGGAAGGUAGUGAAGGUGUGAACAUCGUGGGUGACCUCUUCAACAUUUUAGCCCAGUCAUUGUUUAUGAUGUUACUACUGCUGCUGGCCAAAGGAUGGGCUAUCACACGCAUGAUGCUAACUCAACGCCUCCUCUUGUUCUCACUCUGGGGACUCUACUCCAUCCUGAUACUCACACUUUAUUUCUGGAAUAUGAUGGAAGUGGAUGUAAUAGAAGACAUAGAUGAGUAUCAGACAUGGCCAGGGUGGUUAACCUUGGCAUUGCGUGUACUUAUAAUGAUAUGGUUCCUGGUUGAACUGCGCAACACUAUGACCUACGAGCAUAAUUCCAACAAACUUCAUUUCUUCUUGCACUUUGGAGCUGCUUCUCUUGUCUGGUUCAUUUACUUACCUGUUGUGGCUCUGAUUGCCCUACAGGUAUCCCCACUUUGGAGAUACAAGCUCUUGUUAGGUUUCACAUACUCAGCUGAUUUACUAGCCCACUCAUUCAUGACCUACAUGUUGUGGCCCGAGCGAUCAGAGCAGUAUCUUCUCCUUGCACAUGAAGCAGACCUCUCAGAUGAGCUGGAUGAGUUCAAUGAAGCACCUCACAUCAUCAACCACUCAGACUCAGCACUCCUCACCCCCAUGUUUGACUAUGACACUGAACCACUCAAGAUCAACACCUGAAAGCCAGACAGAACAUAUGGUGCCAAAGUAACUUGUAUAGUGUUACAGUUGCCAGUAGAAUAGAGAUAUUUUUUAGCUGUAUCUUCUGAAAUGAUGCUGCGUUAUAAGCAGAUGGUUAGUAAUAAGAAAUAUAGUUGAAUUUCUUCAUUCACCGAGGACGAUGUUGCACACACCAUGCAGUCACAGAGUAUAAUUUUGUUUUUUUUUCUCAUUCUUUUGUUGUACUGCUAAACAGAUUCUCAAGACAUUUGUCUUUAUGCACUGGUUGUAAAGUACAGUAUUUACUAUAGACCAAAGAAAUAUAGAAAUUGGCUCUAAGAGAGUGCAUGAGUAUUUUUUCUUCAAGAAAAAAAGAAUAUAUAUAGAGAUCAUGAAGUCUUAUUUUCUAUAUUAUUUAGGACCAAUAUAUGUAUAUUUGUUUUUAUAAGGUCCCUCCACAUUUUCUGGAAAAAAGUGAAAUGUAUAUAAAAAAAACAAUCUUGUUGAUAUACUGCAGUACUUUGGUACUAUAUUUAUUUCAGUUAUUCAUAUAGCAUCCACUUCUGUGUGGGAUGAUAUGGUUUGUGAUAUUUAAAUUGAGUAAUAUUAAUAAGGGAAUAUUAUUGUUACAUGAUUUUGCUGUCAUGUUCAGUAAAAGAUAGAUUGGUGAUCUAUUUUUUUCAGAAAAAGGUACUUAAUAUUCAGAUAUAUUUAUUCUUUCUUUAAAAACUGAUCACAAGGAUGGUCUUGUAUUACACAUUAGACAUGUGUAAACCUUGUAUUUUGGACUUGUUUAAAGGGAAAAUUUGUUUACUUUGCACUUUUUAGAUGUUUGAUAUAAAAUGUUAUUGGAACUUGAGAAUAUUAUUAUUUAGUGAGAUAACUGAUUUUUCUUUUGUUAUCUUUUCCUCCUCAUAUUUAGAAAGGUUUGAAGCCAGCCAUGAUAUUUUCUCUUAAAGCAAUUUGUUUUGUAUAAAUUUUAAUCUAUUUUAUUUUAUUUUAUUAUUUUUUGAAUUUUGGGUUACGAAUCUCAAGUUACUGAUUUGGUUGCAUUUCAUUGUGUGUAACAGUAUCAUUAUAAUCUUAUAGCAUUUUCUUUGUGAUUAGCAGUUAAUUAAGAUACUAUUAUACAUUCCAGUUAAACUAAUAAACCAUAGCUAGCCUCUCCAUUCCUUUAUUAAUCUUAUGAAUAUAUUUGAUUAACAUAAGAGAAAAAAAAAAAGUUCUUUAGUUUACCAAGAUUACAUACCUUGUAUCCAUUCAUAAUGUCUUAGUUAAUGAGAUUAAUUUUGAAGUUACAUAUAUGGCUAACUUGUAUAUCCAAGUAUAGUAAGCUGCCUGAGUGACUGAAAAGAGGAUUAGAGAUUUUUAUUUUCUACAAUGCUAACUGAACAAAGGUGGAAGGUUGUAAGGUAAUAAGCUGUUGCAAAAUGUAUCAAUAUCACACAUUCUCGUCAAACCUCAAAGGGUACUGCUCUAAAAGCAAUAUGUAUAUACAAACACAUUUCCCAACUAGCAGGUAGAAGUUCAUUAUUAUUGUAUUGGCUUUGAUCAUCAUGCAUUUCAUCCUUAAGCAAAAAUGGCUCUUAUUUUGAAAAUGACUUUAGGUAUCCAUGUUUUAAAAAAAGGGUUGUGAUGUCUAUUUUUAAACAGAAAAGAUUGUACAGACAACAGAAAUAGGGUUCUACAUAUACCAAAUACAUUCUUCCAAGAUUUUUACAAGAGUUGUAUUAGGUGCUGUGUCCUGUGCCAAUAAAGAGUAUAAAAGAGGAAAAGUUGUUGUUGCAGUUUAAAUUGAAAUAAUAUUUUCUCCAUGCUGAUUGUAAUAUAUAUGAUAAUGAUUCAUGUAGUUAAUGCAUGAAUAAAACUACAAUAUAUUC